AUGGAUAUUGUAUCCAUGGGGACCGUGAUGAUGUCCCGAAUGUGGAUGCUGAGAUGGACCAUUUUACUGUUGGGGCUGCAUUCAACACAAGCAGCCUUUAUGCAAGAUCAUGGAGAUGGUGUAACUGAGUCCAUGAACACUAUGUGGCCAACAGUAGCUGUGUUCCCCACCACAAAAAAUAUAAUGGUAACUCAUGAUGAUCCGUUUUACAAUCAUCAGUCAACGAUCUGCAGCACAUGGGGAAAUUUCCACUUCAAGACCUUUGAUGGCUAUUUCUUUCAAUGGCCAGACACGUGUAACUACGUUCUGGCGAUGAUGUGCAGCAGUGUUUCCGAUUUUAACAUCCAAAUGCAAAGAAAGACUGUAAAUGAUUCAAUCAAUUUCAGCACAGUCACAAUAGAGUUGGAGGGGACAGUCAUUAAACUGAAUAAUGGUAAAAUCACCAUGGAUGGCCAAGAGGUGUCUAAUGCAACCUAUAAGUAUGGAAUUACAAUCGAGCUAAGCGCAUCAAGUAUUAAGAUCUCUAACAAACAUGGAUUGACUGUCAUUUGGGAGGAAGGUCACUCUGUGUUGAUUGAACUUCCCUUAAAGUACCAAGACAAGAUCUGCGGGCUGUGUGGAAACUUCAACGGAGACAGCACUGAUGAUAUAAGCAUUGAUGGUCCAUACACAUGGAAGUUGUCUACACAAACUGAAUCCUGUGAGGAAAUUAGAUUUCAACCCAACGACCAGUGCAAAAACCAGACAAGCAUUUGUCAGCAGUUCCUCAGCAGUUCAAGUUUUGAUGACUGUCGUCGUGUGUUGGACACAAGUUCUUUUGAAAAGGCCUGUGUAAAUGACCUGUGUCAAUGUUUCGGCAACCCAGACUGUCUCUGCAACACACUCACAGAGAUUUCACGACAGUGCACACAUGCAGGUGGCAGGCCGGGAAACUGGAGAACACAGGACCUUUGUCCAAAGACAUGUCCACCAAACAUGGAAUACCUGGAGUGUGGUGGUCCAUGCAAGAACACCUGCACAGACCCAGACGGAAGCCUGCUGUGUGAAGACCACUGUGUAGAUGGCUGUUUCUGCACUGAGGGCACUGUGAAAGAUGAUAUCGGUAACGGCGGUUGUAUAUAUGAGAGCGAGUGCCCAUGUAAGCACAAUGGCAUUAUAUACCAGUCAGGAGAGUCACACACGCAAGCAUGCAAAACAUGUGCGUGUGCUGCUGGAUUUUGGAAUUGCACAGAUCUUGAAUGUCCUGGAAUCUGCUCUGUUGUGGGAGGGUCUCACAUCAGCACUUAUGAUGGAAAAACCUUCACAUUCAGUGGCAACUGUACCUACAUCCUCACUAAACACUCCGAUGAUAGUGAUAUUGCUGUACUGGGAAAUCUGGCACCGUGUGAUCAGCUCCCAUCAGACACAUGUUUAAAGUCUGUUAUCCUUGUAUUCUCAGGGACCACUGUUAGUAUUACCUCCAGUGGGAUCAUGACACUGAGUGACAUCCAUCUCAGUCUUCCUUACCAAAAAGAUGGUGUGGUCAUCUUCCAGCCCUCUUCCUCUUUCAUAAUUGCUGAUAUGAAGAGUCUUCGUCUAGAGAUCCAGUUGGCUCCAGUCAUGCAGUUGUAUAUUGUAGCCAGCCCUGAAGAGAGAGGGAAGCUGAAUGGUCUGUGUGGAAACUACAACAAUGUCCAAAAAGAUGACUUUAAAACGGCAUCAGACAUUAUAGAAGGGACACCGACAACUUUUGUCAACUUUUGGAAACGCGAGAUCAGUUGUCCAGAUCUUAUAACCACAUUUAUUUCAGAAAGCCCCUGUAGCGUGAGAAUGGAAGCAGGUCAUCUAGCUAAAGAAUGGUGCUCCCGUCUUACAAAACCUGAUGGAAUCUUUGCUUCAUGUCACUCAGAAAUAUGUCCUGCCAUUUAUUAUGAAUGGUGUGUCUAUGACACCUGUAAGUGUGCAGAUAUUAAGAAGUGUAUGUGUGCAUCCCUGUCCACCUAUGCCCAUGCCUGUGCUGCCAGAGGAAUCAUUCUCCAGGGAUGGAUGGAUUCAGACCCUUGUGACACGAUUCCUAAUUGUUCAAACAACAUGGAGUACUCCUACGACGUGACCAGCUGUAGCAACACCUGCAGUGCUCUCAGUGGACAGGACUACACCUGCGAUGUGUCCUACACACCUUUAGAUGGCUGUGUCUGUCCAGAGGGCACCUACCUCAAUGAAGGCAGCUGUGUGCAUGCUGACCAGUGUCCCUGUUACUAUGACAGCAAGGUUAUAGAGCCAUUAAAGACAAUCGACAUAAAUGGUGCAAAAUGCACAUGCAGUCGUGGCAAAUUAAACUGCCCCAGACAGGCUGACUGUAAGGCUCCAAUGGUCUUCUUCAACUGCUCAAAUUAUGGAGGAGACAAAAAUGGUACAGAGUGUCAAAGGACAUGUCAGAACCAAGACCCAAAAAAUUGUGUGAGCACAGGGUGUGUAUCAGGGUGUAUGUGCCCAAAUGACCUUCUGGCUGAUGGUACAGGGUGUGUGGAGAAGCAAAACUGUCCCUGUAUUCUUAAUGGAGAAACCUUUAAACCUGGGAAGCAGGUUAAACAAGACUGUAAUUAUUGCACAUGCAACAAUGGCAUUUGGACUUGUACAGAAAAGAUUUGCCAUGGCAUGUGUACCAUCUAUGGUGAAGGUCAUUUCAAGACAUUUGACGGAAAGAGAUAUUCCUUCCACAAAGACUGUGAAUACAUCUUAGCUCAUGAUAACUGCUAUAUGGACAACAGUCCCUCUUUCCGCCUUGUCACAGAGAACAUCCCCUGUGGCACCACAAACUCCAUUUGCUCCAAGUCCAUCAGUCUCUCUUUUGGGCGAUACAAGGUGAUUUUAUCUCAAGAGAAUGGAGUCAAAGUUGUUGAGAGCAAUGGCACUGAUUACCAGUAUUAUGUCCAAUCUGUUGGGAACUACAUUGUCAUAGAGGUCAGAGAUCUUUUAAACUUAAUCUGGGACAAUAAAACAAGUAUAAUGCUCCAACUCCAUCACAGCUUUAAGGACAAGGUGUGUGGACUGUGUGGAAACUUUGAUGGUAAUGCAAAUAAUGAUUUUAUGAAGCAUGAUAGACAAGAGGUGACAGAUGCAGAGAUAUUUGGCAACAGCUGGAAGGUGAAUCCCAGUUGCCCAGAUGUGACAGAUAUGAUGGACCCUUGUAAAAUAAAUCCACAUCGGCGUGCUUGGGCUGAAAAACAAUGCAGCAUCAUCAAAAGUGAUGUUUUUGCAGAUUGUCUUUUACUUGUGGACCCUGUCCCAUAUUCUGAUGCCUGUAUACAGGACACCUGUGCAUGUGACUCAGGGGGUGACUGUGAUUGCUUCUGUACCGCAGUUGCAGCCUAUGCAGCUGAAUGUCGUAAAAAGGGAGUUUGUGUGGGAUGGCGGAGCCCAAGCAUUUGCCCUUUAUUCUGUGACUACUACAACCACCUUGGAGAAUGUACAUGGCAUUAUAAACCCUGUGGAUCUUGCAUAAAAACUUGCAGAAACCGCUCGGGAACCUGCCCUGAUCAAAUUCCUCCCCUCGAAGGAUGCUUUCCUGAGUGCCCACCUGAUACAUUUCUGAAGGAGGAGACCAUGGAGUGUGUUACAGAGUGUGAAAGUUCAACAACAACUUACAACACCAACAACUGUAACAUCAAAACCAUCUACAACCAAUACAACCACUGGGACAACUACACUCUCAUCAACAGAGACAGAGACAUCUACAACCACGUCCACGUCCACGACUACUACAACACCAACAACUGUAACAUCAACACCAUCUACAACCAAUACAACCACUGGGACAACUACACCCUCAUCAACAGAGACAGAAACAUCUACAACCUCCUCCACGACUACUACAACACCAACAACUGUAACAGCAACACCUACAUCAACAACAACACCAUCUACAACAAAGACAGAGACAUCUACAACAACCUCCACGACUACUACAACACCAACAACUGUAACAUCAACACCUACAUCAACAACAACACCAUCAACAACAAGUACUACCACUGGGACAACAACACCCACAUCAACAGAGACAUCUACAACCACUACAACCACUGGGACAACUAUACCCUCAUCAACAGAGACAGAGACAUCUACAACCAUGUCCACGACUACUACAACACCAACAACUGUAACAUCAACACCUACAUCAACAACAACACCAUCUACAACCAGUACAACCAAUGGAACAACAACACCCACCUCAACAGAGACAUCUACAACCACGUCCACAACUACUACAACACCAACAACUGUAACAUCAACACCAUCUACAACCAGUACAACCACUGGGACAACUACACCCUCAUCAACAGAGACAGAGACGUCUACAACCACGUCCACGACUACUACAACACCAAUAACUGUAACAUCAACACCUACAUCAACAACAACACCAUCUACAACCAGUACAACCACUGGAACAACAACACCCACCUCAACAGAGACAUCUACAACCACGUCCACAACUACUACAACACCAACAACUGUAACAUCAACACCAUCUACAACCAGUACAACCACUGGGACAACUACACCCUCAUCAACAGGGACAGAGACGUCUACAACCACGUCCACGACUACUACAACACCAAUAACUGUAACAUCAACACCUACAUCAACAACAACACCAUCUACAACCAGUACAACCACUGGAACAACAACACCCACCUCAACAAAGACAUCUACAACCACGUCCACAACUACUACAACACCAACAACUGUAACAUCAACACCAUCUACAACCAGUACAACCACUGGGACAACUACACCCUCAUCAACAGAGACAGAGACAUCUACAACCACCUCCACGACUACUACAACACCAACAACUGUAACAUCAACACCUACAUCAACAACAACACCAUCUACAACAAGUACUACCACUGGAACAACAACACCCACAUCAACAGAGACAUCUACAACCACGUCCACGACUAUGCAACCACUGGGACAACUACACCCUCAUCAACAGAGACAGAGACAUCUACAACCACGUCCACGACUACUACAACACCAAUAACUGUAACAUCGACACCUACAUCAACAACAACACCAUCUACAACAAGUACUAUCACUGGAACAACAACACCCACCACUGGGACAACUACACCCUCAUCAACAGAGACAGAAACAUCUACAACCUCCUCCACGACUACUACAACACCAACAACUGUAACAGCAACACCUACAUCAACAACAACACCAUCUAAAACAAGUACUACCACUGGGACAACAACACCCACAUCAACAGAGACAUCUACAACCACUUCCACGACUAGUACAACACCAACAACUGUAACAUCAACACCAUCUACAACCAGUACAACCACUGGGACAACUACACCCUCAUCAACAGAGACAGAGACAUCUACAACAACCUCCACGACUACUACAACACCAACAACUGUAACAUCAACACCUACAUCAACAACAACACCAUCAACAACAAGUACUACCACUGGGACAACAACACCCACAUCAACAGAGACAUCUACAACCACGUCCACGACUAGUACAACACCAAAAACUGUAACAUCAACACCAGCAACAACCAGUACAACCACUGGUACAACUAUACCCUCAUCAACAGAGACAGAGAUAUCUACAACCACCUCCACAACUACUACAACACCAACAACUUACAACACCAACAACUGUAACAUCAACACCAUCUACAACCAGUGCAACCACUGGGACAACUACACCCUCAUCAACAGAGACAGAGACAUCUACAACAACGUCCACGACUACUACAACACCAAUAACUGUAACAUCGACACCUACAUCAACAACAACACCAUCUACAACAAGUACCAUCACUGGAACAACAACACCCACAUCAACAGAGACAUCUACAACCACUACAACCACUGGGACAACUACACCCUCAUCAACAGAGACAGAGACAUCUACAACCACGUCCACGACUACUACAACACCAAUAACUGUAACAUCAACACCUACAUCAACAACAACACCAUCUACAACCAGUACAACCACUGGAACAACAACACCCACCUCAACAGAGACAUCUACAACCACGUCCACAACUACUACAACACCAACAACUGUAACAUCAACACCAUCUACAACCAGUACAACCACUGGGACAACUACACCCUCAUCAACAGAGACAGAGACAUCUACAACCACGUCCACGACUACUACAACACCAAUAACUGUAACAUCAACACCUACAUCAACAACAACACCAUCUACAACAAGUACUACCACUGGAACAACAACACCCACAUCAACAGAGACAUCUACAACCACGUCCACAACUACUACAACACCAACAACUGUAACAUCAACACCAUCUACAACCAGUACAACCACUGGGACAACUACACCCUCAUCAACAGAGACAGAGACAUCUACAACCACCUCCACGACUACUACAACAACAACAACUACAGAGACGUCUACAACCACGUCCACGACUACUACAACACCAAUAACUGUAACAUCAACACCUACAUCAACAACAACACCAUCUACAACCAGUACAACCACUGGAACAACAACACCCACCUCAACAGAGACAUCUACAACCACGUCCACAACUACUACAACACCAAAAACUGUAACAUCAACACCAUCUACAACCAGUACAACCACUGGGACAACUACACCCUCAUCAACAGAGACAAAGACAUCUACAACCACCUCCACGACUACUACAACACCAACAACUGUAACAUCAACACCUUCUACAACAAGCACUACCACUGGGACAACAAAACCCACAUCAACAGAGACAUCUACAACCACCUCCACGACUACUACAACACCAACAACUGUAACAUCAACACCUACAUCAACAACAACACCAUCUACAUCAAGUACUACCACUGGAACAACAACACCCACAUCAACAGAGACAUCUACAACCACUGCAACCACUGGGACAACUACACCCUCAUCAACAGAGACAGAGACAUCUACAACCACGUCCACGACUACUACAACACCAAUAACUGUAACAUCAACACCUACAUCAACAACAACACCAUCUACAACAAGUACUACCACUGGAACAACAACACCCACAUCAACAGAGACAUCUACAACCCGUCCGACUCAACGACAUCAGCACAUCAGCAACGACACAUCUACACAUCACACGGACAUCUACACCCUCACGACUACUACAACACCAACAACUGUAACAUCAAACCCUACAUCAACAACAACACCAUCUACAACAAGUACAACCACUGGGACAAGAACACCCACAUCAACAGAGACAUCUACAACCACGUCCACUACUACAACAACAACAACUGUAACAUCAACACCAUCUACAACCAAGACAUCUACAACCACGUCCACAACUACUACAACACCAACAACUGUAACAUCAACACCAUCUACAACCAGUACAACCACUGGGACAACUACACCCUCAUCAACAGAGACAGAGACAUCUACAACCACCUCCACGACUACUACAACACCAACAACUGUAACAUCAACACCUACAUCAACAACAACACCUUCUACAACAAGUACUACCACUGGGACAACAAAACCCACAUCAACAGAGACAUCUACAACCACCUCCACGACUACUACAACACCAACAACUGUAACAUCAACACCUACAUCAACAACAACACCAUCUACAACAAGUACUACCACUGGAACAACAACACCCACAUCAACAGAGACAUCUACAACCACGUCCACAACUACUACAACACCAACAACUGUAACAUCAACACCAUCUACAACCAGUACAACCACUGGGACAACUACACCCUCAUCAACAGAGAAAGAGACAUCUACAACCACCUCCACGACUACUACAACACCAACAACUGUAACAUCAACACCUACAUCAACAACAACACCAUCUACAACAAGUACUACCACUGGAACAACAACACCCACAUCAACAGAGACAUCUACAACCACGUCCACGACUAUGCAACCACUGGGACAACUACACCCUCAUCAACAGAGACAGAGACAUCUACAACCACGUCCACGACUACUACAACACCAAUAACUGUAACAUCAACACCUACAUCAACAACAACACCAUCUACAACAAGUACUACCACUGGGACAACAACACCCACAUCAACAGAGACAUCUACAACCACGUCCACAACUACUACAACACCAACAACUGUAACAUCAACACCUACAUCAACAACAACAACACCAUCUACAACAAGUACUACCACUGGGACAACUACACCCUCAUCAACAGAGACAGAGACAUCUACAACCACCUCCACGACUACUACAACACCAACAACUGUAACAUCAAACCCUACAUCAACAACAACACCAUCUACAACAAGUACAACCACUGGGACAAGAACACCCACAUCAACAGAGACAUCUACAACCACGUCCACGACUACUACAACAACAACAACUGUAACAUCAACACCAUCUACAACCAGUACAACCACUGGGACAACUACACCCUCAUCAACAGAGACAUCUACAACCACAUCCACGACUACUACAACACCAACAACUGUAACAUCAACACCAUCUACAACCAGUACAACCACUGGGACAACUACACCCUCAUCAACAGAGACAGAGACAUCUACAACCACCUCCACGACUACUCCAACACCAACAACUGUAACAUCAACACCUACAUCAACAACAACACCUUCUACAACAAGUACUACUACUGGGACAACAAAACCCACAUCAACAGCGACAUCUACAACCACCUCCACGACUACUACAACACCAACAACUGUAACAUCAACACCUACAUCAACAACAACACCAUCUACAACAAGUACUACCACUGGAACAACAACACCCACAUCAACAGAGACAUCUACAACCACGUCCACAACUACUACAACACCAACAACUGUAACAUCAACACCAUCUACAACCAGUACAACCACUGGGACAACGACACCCUCAUCAACAGAGAAAGAGACAUCUACAACCACCUCCACGACUACUACAACACCAACAACUGUAACAUCAACACCUACAUCAACAACAACACCAUCUACAACAAGUACUACCACUGGAACAACAACACCCACAUCAACAGAGACAUCUACAACCACGUCCACGACUAGUACAACACCAACAACUGUAACAUCAACACCAUCUACAACCAGUACAACCACUGGGACAACUACACCCUCAUCAACAGAGACAGAGACAUCUACAACCACCUCCACGACUACUACAACACCAACAACUGUAACAUCAACACCUACAUCAACAACAACACCAUCUACAACAAGUACUACCACUGGAACAACAACACCCACAUCAACAGAGACAUCUACAACCACGUCCACAACUACUACAACACCAACAUCUGUAACAUCAACACCAUCUACAACCAGUACAACCACUGGGACAACUACACCCUCAUCAACAGAGACAGAGAUAUCUACAACCACCUCCACGACUACUACAACACCAACAACUGUAACAUCAACACCUACAUCAACAACAACACCAUCUACAUCAAGUACUACCACUGGAACAACAACACCCACAUCAACAGAGACAUCUACAACCACGUCCACAACUACUACAACACCAACAACUGUAACAUCAACACCAUCUACAACCAGUACAACCACUGGGACAACUACACCCUCAUCAACAGAGACAGAGACAUCUACAACCACUACUACCACUGGGACAACAACACCCACAUCAACAGAGACAUCUACAACCACGUCCACGACUACUACAACAACAACAACUGUAACAUCAACACCAUCUACAACCAGUACAACCACUGGGAAAACUACACCCUCAUCAACAGAGACAUCUACAACCACAUCCACGACUACUACAACACCAACAACUGUAACAUCAACACCUACACCUACAUCAACAACAACACCAUCUAUAACAAGUACUACCACUGGGACAACAACACCCACAUCAACAGAGACAUCUACAACCACAUCCACGACUACUACAACACCAACAACUGUAACAUCAACACCAUCUACAACCAGUACAACCACUGGGACAACUACACCCUCAUCAACAGAGACAUCUACAACCACGUCCACGUCCACGACUACUACAACACCAACAACUGUAACAUCAACACCUACAUCAACAACAACACCAUCUACAACAAGUACUACCACUGGAACAACAACACCCACAUCAACAGAGACAUCUACAACCACGUCCACGACUAGUACAACACCAACAACUGUAACAUCAACACCAUCUACAACCAGUACAACCACUGGGACAACUACACCCUCAUCAACAGAGACAGAGACAUCUACAACCACGUCCACGACUACUACAACAGCAAUAACUGUAACAUCAACACCUACAUCAACAACAACACCAUCUACAACAAGUACUACCACUGGGACAACAACACCCACAUCAACAGAGACAUCUACAACCACGUCCACAACUACUACAACACCAACAACUGUAACAUCAACACCUACAUCAACAACAACAACACCAUCUACAACAAGUACUACCACUGGGACAACUACACCCUCAUCAACAGAGACAGAGACAUCUACAACCACCUCCAUGACUACUACAACACCAACAACUGUAACAUCAACACCUACAUCAACAACAACACCAUCUACAACAAGUACUACCACUGGGACAACAACACCCACAUCAACAGAGACAUCUACAACCACGUCCACGACUACUACAACAACAACAACUGUAACAUCAACACCUACACCUACAUCAACAACAACACCAUCUAUAACAAGUACUACCACUGGGACAACAACACCCACAUCAACAGAGACAUCUACAACCACAUCCACGACUACUACAACACCAACAACUGUAACAUCAACACCAUCUACAACCAGUACAACCACUGGGACAACUACACCCUCAUCAACAAAGACAUCUACAACCACGUCCACGACUACUACAACACCAACAACUGUAAAAUCAACACCUACAUCAACAACAACACCAUCUACAACAAGUACUACCACUGGGACAACUACACCCUCAUCAACAGAGACAGAGACAUCUACAACCAGCUCCACAACUACUACAACACCAACAACUGUAACAUCAACACCUACAUCAACAACAACACCAUCUACAACAAGUACUACCACUAGGACAACAACACUCACAUCAACAGAGACAUCUACAACCACGUCCACGACUACUACAACACCAACAACUGUAAGAUCAACACCUACAUCAACAACAACACAAUCUACAACCAGUACAACCACUGGGACAACUACACCCUCAUCAACAGAGACAGAGACAUCUACAACCACGACUACUACAACACCAACAACUGUAACAUCAACACCUACAUCAACAACAACACCAUCUACAAGUACAACCACUGGGACAACUACACCCACAUCAACAGAGACAUCUACAACCACGUCCAUGACUAGUACAACACCAACAACUGUAACAUUAACACCAUCUACAACCAGUACGACCACUGGGACAACUACACCCUCAUCAACAGAGACAUCUACAACCACCUCCACAACUUCUACAACACCAACAACUGUAACAUCAACACCUACAUCAACAACAACACCAUCUACAACAAGUACUACCACUGGGACAACAACACCCACAUCAACAGAGACAUCUACAACCACGUCCACGACUACUACAACACCAACAUCUGUAACAUCAAAACCUACAUCAACAACAACAACACCAUCUACAACAAGUACUACCACUGGGACAACAACACCCACAUCAACAGAGACAUCUACAACCACGUCCACGACUAGUACAACACCAACAACUGUAACAUCAAAACCUACAUCAACAACAACAACACCAUCUACAACUAGUACAACCACUGGGACAACUACACCCACAUCAGAAACAUCUACAGCCACAUCCAAUACUACUAUGACAAGUACCGUGACACCAACAUCUUCAACUUUUAUCCCUUCUUCAACUAAGUUUAUUGUGCACACUGAGCCAUCUUUCAACUUCACAACAGGAUCUUGUGACCUAAAGGGACAAUUCAUACCUAAAUGUGCCAAUGGACUUAGAGCUGAGAAGGUGUAUUAUGACAAUGGCUGCUGCAAGUAUGAAUGUGCAUGUAAAUGCAAUGGCUGGGGUGACCCUCAUUACAAAACCUUUGAUGGAACAGCUUAUGAUUUCCAAGGAAACUGCACAUAUGUGUUGGUCCAAGAAAUCAUCCCAAGAUACAAUAUCAGUGUCCAUGCUAAAAACUACUAUUGUGACUUAACACAACAUCUUGCUUGCCCUGAGUAUGUGAUUGUGAAUUACAAAUCCUAUAAAAUCAAGCUGACAAGUGACUCUAAAGUUGUAAAGGUCUAUGUUAAUGAUGAUGUGAUAAAACCAACAUUCAUAAAUGAAGCCUUCACUAUCACCACUUCUGGCAUAGGAGUACUUGUGAACAUCUCUGAGAUUAAAGCUGAGAUUUUCGUCUCUCUUGUAAACUUUCAUGUCAAACUCUCAUCAACCUACUUUCAUGACAAUACAGAGGGACAGUGUGGGGUUUGUAACAAUAACACCAAAGAUGACUGUAGACUUCCUAAUGGAACAAUCGCCACAUCAUGUGAGAACAUGGCAGGGUUGUGGAUGGUACCACCAGUAUGCAAUGUAACUCCACCUGUAAUUCAACCUACUACUGAUUGUAAAUUGCAAGUGAAAACCCCCUGUGAGGUCAUCAAGGGCAAUUUGUUUAAGGCAUGCCAUGAGGUUGUUCCUUUUGAAAGUUAUUACGAGGCAUGUAAGUUUGAUGUGUGCCACAUAAGAGGUGUGUCUGCUUGCGCCAGUCUGGAGGCAUACGCCCAGGUAUGUCGCCAGUAUUCUGUCUGUGUGGACUGGAGAAACUCAGCUGAACUCAAUGGGCUAUGUGCAUACAAUUGCACCAAAGGCAAAGUCUACAAGGCAUGUGGUCCCAAAAUUACAAAAACCUGCAGUACUAGUUCCAAUGAAAUGGUUUUGGGGGGGAAAUGUGAAGGAGAAGAUUGUAAUGAAAUGGAAGGUUGUUACUGUCCGGAAAACACAUAUCUGGUUAAUCUAACAUCAGAUAUAUGUACAACUUACUGCGAUUGUAUUGGCCCUGAUGGAUCACCAAAACAGCCCGGGGAAACAUGGACCGAUAACUGUGAUACAUACAACUGCACUAAAAUGGGCAUGCGUGUAAAAUUGCCUCCCAAAUGUCCACCUCAAAAGCAAUGUGGCAUAGGAUACAAAAGCAUCACAGAAAACUGCUGCCAAACCUGUGUUUGUGAUUUCGAGCAGUGUUUUAAGAACAGAUGUGAGGUGGGAUAUGAGUUUGCAGUAAAUAAAACUGAGGGUAAUUGCUGUCCACCGUGUGUGCGCAAAGAUGUCUGCGUGUACAAUAACACUGAAUACAAGGUUGGAGAAGUGCAGAAGUACACAUGUGAAACCAUUUCCUGCCGCAUAGUUAAUGGCUUGUUUGUUACAGAGAUGACCAAAACAAACUGUACUGUCUCAAGUCAAGCUGAUUGUAAGGCUGGGUCUGAAUAUGUGAAACAAGAAGGAGCUUGCUGUGGAACAUGUGAGCCCAUGAACUGCAUUCGAGUGAAGAACACCACCCUUAUGUAUGCAAAUAAUUGUACAUCCAUCAAGACUGUUGAAGUGCCAUUCUGCAGUGGCCACUGUGACACCCAAUCAAUGUAUUCAAUGCAAAUGAACACAAUGAUGCACAGCUGUUCAUGUUGCCGAGAGGAGAAAACCAGCCGUAAAGAUGUGAAGAUGAAGUGUCCCAAUGGAAGUGAGAUCGUUUAUUACUACGACUAUGUUGAAAGCUGCAGAUGCACUCCUACAGAGUGUGAAAACAAGAAGACUUCAGGAUGAACGAUCUUGUUAAAUAUCUGCCAUUAAACUUGAUUAUUGCAGAUUUGAUCAUAACUGAUUCUGUCAAUGAGUAAGACAACUAUGAUUUAAAUAAUGCAUAUAAUAGAACAAUGCAAUUCUGAUGAUUUAAACUGUGUGAGACUUUUGCAGAGCAUAAAUGGCAGACAUUAUUAUGGCCUUUAUGUUUUCUUCACUUUUUAAUUAAGGGUAUGGUUUACUGUAAUUAUAAUCUUUUCUUGUGUAAUUCUUUUUUAUUUGCCGGGGGCAUUUUGGGAUGUAAUUUCUUCUU